UCUCGAAGUGGAAGAACGCAAUCUCACGGGUAGAAUCCAAAUUGUUGGAGAUAUAUUUCAAGACGGCUCUGGUGUACGAUCUAGAGGGAUUUGUGGUGGGGAGGACGUCUGUGUCCGAUACUCCAAUGGCAUUUCACCGUCAGAUGGAAAUGAGAUCCUCAAUGGGCAGGCACAUCCGCAUAUGGGGUCGACUUGUCCAUCGAAAUAUAGAGGCUUUUCGUGGGUGGGCUUUGAGCGUGGAAGGACGCAAACUUCAUGUUGGCUUUAUCUCAAGCUGGCGAGAGAGCGUGGCUGUGAGGCGUUAUCUGCGGCAGAACCCAAGCGCAGAUCGGCGUGAAUUGGUGCACGGCGUUGCACAAGGCCUCCUUUAUUUGCACUCGGAGGGGGUUGUACAUGCAAAUAUUCACCCAGACAACGUUAUGAUCGGGAACGAAGGGGAUUCAUAUUUGCGUGGCUUCGACUUCUCGUAUGAUCAUCGGUCCGAGGAGCCUCUAUACGGCUAUCGCGGCGGCUUACAACUCCGAUUCACACCCCCGGAGUUGCUAAAUCGUCCCACACCAAUACCCACAGAAUCGAGCGACAUAUGGGCAUUCGGAUGCAUUUCCGGCGAGAUACUUACCGGCCGGCCACCCUAUGCUGGGCUAAGUGAUACGGAAGUGAUGACAAAUCCAGUAGCGAGCCCCGUCGCGCCCUACCAUUUGAACGACGUAGACCCUUUCGAAGGGGCGAUCCCUGGGUGUUUCCUCCCUCGGGAUCAACGUCCGAGAAUCAAAGAUAUCAUAGGGACUUGGUCUCAACAUCUUUCUCCACCUAUCCAUGCACCCGCUCCUCCUAAUAACGACGAUCCCACAAAAUCAUAUGUGGCAGGUUCCUCAAGGGAGUCCCGCCGCUCCAGCAAAGGCUCGGGAUGCCUCACAUGUAGACUUCGCAAAAAAAGAUGUCCCAGAUUCACGGACAGUACUGAUCCUUGCUCCGAGUGUGAAAGAUUACGACUUCAAUGUCUGCGUCAUGGAUUCACGUGGCCCAAUGAAGAGAAAUUGGCUGAAGCUCGACAAAAAAUCAGGGAGUGGACAGCCCCGAAGAGACCACGGAGCCAUGGUUUGGUCGGUUAUUUUCCAAGCUUGCAUUCAUUGAUCAGUGCCAUCGUAGGUAUGCUGAACCUCUCUGAGAUCUUUUUGGAUGCUUCCUUGGGGUCGAUGUCGCAAGGAGGUGUAAUGGGUUCUGGAGUCGGCCCCAGUGGCGGACAAGGGGAUACGGGCCCGGCGCAUCCUCUGCCUGACGAAUUAUUCAUGGGGUUUGCCUCAGAACAAAUCCCCCAUCUCGAGAAUGUCCAACUACCUCCAGUCAUUCCCGGUGUUGACGAAAGCGAUAAUGCUGGGGAAGCGCUCUGUUGGCCUGCCUUUUCAUUAUGAUCCAGGGAUGCGGUGAUUGCACAACAAUGACCAAGGUGUUCAUCCUCGCGAUGAGCGCACCAGGCUCCGUACAGAGUGCCUUGCAGCGAUCCA